GGGGACGCACAAUGGCCGACCAUGUCCCACGAAUAGCUAUGUGGACAGGGCUUCGCCAGCAUCUCGUCAAGCUCACCUCCCAUUUCUUGAGAAGCGCCUCCGACUACAUCCGCUUCCGCGCCGUCUGCAAGUGUUGGCGUUCCGCCGUCCCCCCCCGGCCCCGUCACCUCCCCGCUCAGCUCCCCUUCCUCCUCUACCUCUCUACCCCGGAACCAAGAAACAGUUCCGCCUUCUGCCUCGCCAACGCCUUUAAUGGAAGCAUGCGCCGCCUACCUCACACCACCAGCAUGUAUUGCAUCGGCUCCUCUUACGGGUGGCUCAUCCUCAUCUCCGAAGCCACCUCCGCGGUCUCCCUCUUCAACCCCGUCACCGCCGAAGACAUUCCUCUCCCCCCACUCUCCACCCUCCAAUCAUUCGUACUGUUGUUCUACCAAUCGGAGGACGGCAUCGGAUCUUACUUCAUCAAAACGGACUACCCCAACAUUACGGUCGAGUCCAACGCCAUCGUCGACAAGGCCGUCUUGUCCUCCGACCCUACCCUCGACCGGGACUUCGUGGCAAUCGUCUUCCUCGACGGCAUAUACAAGCGCUGCUUUACCUGCCGCCCAGGGGACAGAUCGUGGAAGGACAACGUCAACGAACCUUUCGAUGAUCUCCAUUGGAUUUUCCCAGGAGUGCCGCAGGUGUUCAACCUGACUGACGUCGUGCCCUACGGCGAGCGGAGGUUGUGCGCUAUCUACAAUGACAAAAAUUACUUAGCAGUCUUCGACGUCGACCCAGGCCCGCCGGGGAGGGCGACGAUGAUCGCAUGGAACUCCAUGCCGCCCUGCGUGCCGCGCGGUGGUUUACCCACCUACUUGAUUGGGUCGGCUGGAGAACUACUCCUGGUUACCGAGUUCUACAAGAGGAGUGCAGCCAGGAAGAACACCAGGAGCUUCCGCGUCUUCAGGCUCGAUCCAGGCGACGGAGACCGGCCAGCGAAGGCGAUCGAAGUGCAGGACAUCGGCGACCGUAUGUUGUUUUUGGGUACGAACCAUUCGGUGUGCGUCGCCGCGGGGGACUUCCCAGGGUUCCUGGGGAAUGCCAUCUACUACGUGAAGGAAGAGAAGAUGAGUUUGGAGGGGGAAGAUACCCUGGUGUCGACCGUGUGCGUGGUCAACCUGGAAAAUGGUGAGAUCACGGAGGUUAUCGAUUCCGGCGGGUCUGAGCCGGAUGGGCUCGAGUGGCUGUCGGACCGGUUGGACAUCCCCUGGUGGGUGGCCCCCAAUCUUGGCAGGGGCAAGAACUAGAGAUUGCUGACGUCUUACAUUCUGGCAUCAACCAAUUGUGAGAGAUACCCAUAGUAUUCUUUGGCUUUCUUAUUGUGCUCUUAAGGCGUCGAGGUUAGUUAGCAAGGCAAGUUGAGACUCA